AUGGUCCGCACUUCCGUUCUCAACGAUGCUCUUAAGAACAUCAACAACGCCGAGAAGGCCGGCAAGCGCCAGGUCCUGAUCCGACCCAGCUCCAAGGUCAUCAUCAAGUUCCUCAGCGUCAUGCAGCGACACGGCUACAUUGGCGAAUUCGAGGAGGUUGACGACCACCGCUCCGGCAAGAUCGUUGUCCAGCUCAACGGUCGUCUCAACAAGACCGGUGUCAUCUCUCCCCGCUACAACGUCCGCCUGGCCGAUCUCGAGAAGUGGGUUGUGCGCCUGCUGCCCGCCCGUCAGUUCGGCUACGUUAUCCUGACCACCUCUGCUGGUAUCAUGGACCACGAGGAGGCAAGAAGGAAGCACGUUGCUGGCAAGGUUAUCGGCUUCUUCUACUAG